AUUCUCCUUAUUCUUAUUGGCAACUUUAAGGAGUCAAUAUAGUUUCAGAAUUUAUUAAUUAAUUUAAAGUUAAUAGUAAAACUAUUAUUUAAUUUGCCUUAUUACUUAGAACUAAAUAAAGUUUAAAUAAAAUUUAUUAAUUAGUCAAAGUUUUGAAAAAGUGAUUGAUAAAAUACUGUAAAGUAUAAUGGAUUGUUCUUAUUUAGAUAGAAACACUGUCGUUCAGUGCCCGUACGAUAGUAACCAUAAAAUUGCACAGUCUAGAAUUCAGAUACAUCUUGUAAAAUGUGAAAAGCAACAUCCAGAAAACUUUAGAGAGAUUUGCCCCUUUAAUGCCACUCAUCGUUUUCCGAAAUCGGAUAUGCAGGAACAUAUAAACAACUGUCCUUCACAACGACAUUCGCAACCUGAGCUAUAUCAGAAAUAUGUUAAUUGCGGCUCGAUCAAAUCUUGCCCACCAUCUGAAAUAGACAUUGACGAGUGUUGGGAGGAUGAUAGCGAUUCAGUUUUUAAAGCAGAUUCAAGCUCAUAUUUUAAUAAUUCUGCAUCAUAUGUCAGCAAAUAUGAAAGAUUCGAAGCUAAUGUAAGAGCUCCUCGGGGAUUUGCUGAAGUAGAUAUGUUGGAUUCCUCUGUAGGAAGUUCAGCACUGGAUGAAAUGGGUUCGGUGAUAAGUUCAGGAGGAAUGGGACGUGGAUCAGCAACAAUUAAUAGAGAAAAGAUGCUUCAAAAAGUUGGUCGCGGCAGAGGAAAGCCAAAACAUUGCGAUUAAACUAUUCAUAACAUAAAACUAAAAAAAAUUAGUAUAAUAGUAAUAUACUAAGAAACAUAUAUUUUUCUAUUCAUUUUUUUUCAAAUAUACAUUUAUAUGUAUUAUCAGAAAAAAAUAUUUUUUUAUAUUUCUUACCAUUCUGUAUUUUUUGUUGACGCCACGCAAUUUUUAUUUCUCGACUUUCAAAAAGGCGCAAAUAACGAAAUAAUUAUUAUAAUUAUAAUUUACAGUUUAUUUGUAGAUGAAUAAAUCUGAAAUUCAUUUUCAUUGAA